CGCUCCUUCCAAAUCCCACACUUCAACCUUUCUCCACCGAACGGGAGAUCGAAUGUUCGAGAAGUUCCUCGCAUUUCCUACGGCAGCGACUUGGCUCGAUCCAUUUCUUUGUUUUUUGCGUCAUUGUUUCAUAUUCUUCUUUAUCCCUCUUCUUCAGGUCCCAGACACUGCAAGACAUUCUGUCUCCGGUUUGAGUCCACAUCAAUCGCAUCUCAAAGAUGGGAGUUCUCAACACCAGACAGUCUCUGGUGAUGCGCUAUCUGCCAGAUCGGCGUUGCGAUCUAUCGAUGGAAGUUGAUGGCUUCCAAUAGUAUUUUCGGUAUUGUUUUUUUGCGGCGGUAAGCGAGUUUCCCGAUUCGGCGUGCCUGACAGCCAACGAUGUCAACAAUAUCGAUCUUUCCGAAGCAUAAAG